GGGCGGUUUGAGCGGCAGCGCCGGGCGCGGCGGCGGCUCCGCGGUUCCGGCACGAUGCUGCCCCUGUCGUUGCUGAAGACGGCGCAGAACCACCCCAUGCUGGUGGAGCUGAAGAAUGGAGAGACGUACAAUGGGCACCUGGUGAGCUGCGACAACUGGAUGAACAUCAACCUGCGGGAGGUCAUCUGCACCUCGCGGGAUGGUGACAAGUUCUGGAGAAUGCCGGAGUGUUACAUUCGUGGCAGCACAAUUAAAUACCUUCGGAUCCCCGAUGAAAUAAUUGACAUGGUGAAAGAAGAGGUGGUCUCCAAGGGCAGAGGCCGUGGUGGGAUGCAACAGCAGAAGCAACAGAAGGGCCGUGGUGUUGGAGGUGCUGGACGAGGUGUGUUUGGUGGCCGUGGCCGAGGAAUACCAGGCAGCGGAAGAGGCCAGCAGGAAAAAAAGCCAGGCAGGCAAUCGGCGAAGCAGUGAGGGGCUGCGUGAGCCCCGGCCAGGGACAGUGCCACAAUGCUCCUCGUUUUAUCACCUCAGGAUUGCCAUGAGUUCAAAAGUGUUCAAUCUCUGCUCCUCCGUCAGUCGAUCCGUGCCCGAAUCAUGUUGUUUGGAAGCCCCUCGCUAUUUAAUCUGAUAAAGUGCAGUUCUUGGCUGCUUUUAGCCAGCCUGUAAUUGGAAAUGUUUAAAAAAGAACCGCUCACGGUUAAGGACCUGACUUCAGCACUAUUGAGUUUGUUGGGAUCUCUAGGUUUAAUUCACAAGAAUCUCCUGUGUGCUGUGAGAUCUGAGGCAAACGCUUUCAGGCUCGGUUGUGUUGUUGGUUUGUUUUUCAUUUUGUUUUUUAAUACUUGAAACAUUGGCAAUGUCUUGCGUUCAUAACCGGCGCAGCGUUUUGGUUUAAAAACACUGAACUUGAGGAUAUGGUAUCUCUACAUGAGGGGUCGUAGGGGUUGGUUUGGUUGUGUUUGAACAAAACAAACUUUCAGGCUGUCUCCUUCCCCUCCGUUUUGGGCAGUCUGUCUGUCUGUCUCUGGCCUUGGCUUAAAGGAGAACCGGCACGGAUUUCGCUUUAGGCUUCAAGGCUUGUUUCCAAGAGAGCUUUGUGACGAGUGAGGGUUUCCCAAUUAGUGUAUAUCUAAUUUGACUUCAGAUUAGAAGUUCCCUUGAAAGGAAA